AUGGCGAAUUCUGCAUCUGGAGAUUGCGUUGAUUUUGAUCGUGAUUGCGAGCGUGUGUUUCCUUCUGGAGUUCGUUUGGUUGAUUCGUUUGUGCAACAAUUGGAAAAAAAAGAUGAUAUUAUGUAUUUAGAAGCAGAACAGUCUGAAUUAAAGGAUAAAGAAUUUAAAUCUGAAGAUGAAUCUUUCGAAGCGUAUAAUGAAUAUGCUUUUAGGAAAGGUUUUGGAAUUCGAAUUGGGAAGAGUAAGAGAAGAAGAGAUUAUUCUUUUUUGAUGAAAAGAUUUGUUUGUUGUAAUGAGGGAUUCAAAGAUAAUAAGUGUAAGAAUAAAAGGAUUUAUGAGAAGUUGGAUCAUCGAACUGGUUGUUUAGCUUUUGUGCAGUUUCAUAUUGAUCAUUUAGGGGUCUAUACAUGUACAAGACAUGAAAUGGUUCAUAAUCAUGCUAUGAUUCCUCCUAAAAAAAGGCAUUUGAUAAGGUCUCAAAGAGAUGUGAAUAAAGAGCAGCUUCUUUUCAUUUCAACAAUGAAAUUGAGUGGAGUCAAAGUUACUGAUUCUUUGAGGGUUCUAAAGAAGGAGGUUGGGGGAUCUCCUAAUCUUUUUUUUACUGCUUCUGAUGCUUAUAAUGCAUUGUCAUCUGAAAAAGCUGCCCAAAUUGAAGGAUGUGAUAGUAACCAAUUGAUUAAAUAUUUUGCCAAGAGACAUGUGGAUGAGGCAGAUUUUUAUUAUGAUUUUGAACAAGAUGAUAGUGGUGCUUUAGUUAGUUUUUUUUGGCGUGAUGGUAGGAUGAUGAGAGAUUAUCAUUACUUUGGAGAUUUGUUGGUUUUUGAUACAACUUAUAGAACUAAUAAAUAUGGAAUGAUAUGUGCUCCAUUUGUUGGGAUGAACCAUCAUGGUAACAAUUUCAUGUUUGGUAUGGGUUUUAUUCUUAAUGAGCGCACCGAGUCUUUUGAUUGGUUGUUUGAUACAUUUUUGCACUCAAUGGGGAGGAAAAGUCCCAUUACAAUUAUGACUGAUCAAGCACAAGCGAUUGCAGCGGGUAUAAGAAACAUUUUUCCUUCAACUGUUCAUCAUCGUUUAUGUGUAUGGCAUCUUGAACAAAAUUCUAAGAAACACAUUGGAGCAUUGAGAGCUUUGGAAGGCUUUACAGAUUUGUUUGGAUAUCUUUUGAAGUAUUGUGAAACUCCUGCUGAAUUUGAAUAUUUCUGGAAAAGGAUGUGUGAUAAAUACAAAUGUGAAAAUGAUGAUUGGUUAUGUGAUUUGUAUAAAAUAAAGGAAAUGUGGUGUCCUGCUUAUUCUAAGAAGUAUUGGUCUGGUGGUAUAUUGUCUUCUCAACGUAGUGAAACUACUAAUAAGUCAGUUUCACAACGUCUUAAUAAGACUCAAGGUUUAUGUGAUUUUUAUCAUGUUUUUCUUGAUGUCAUUUCUGAGUGGAGAAGUAAGGAAGGUGCAAGAGAUUAUAAUACUCUGAGGGGUAAUAGGCACCUAGCUUUUGCUAAUAUUGGUAUAUUAGUUCAUGCAAGAUCAUUGUACACUAUUCAAGCUUAUGUGCUUUUUGAAGAGGAGUUCAUUAGGGGGACAGCUUAUGAUCAUGUUGAUAAUGGUUUGCGUUUUCCAGAAUAUUCAUAUCUUCUUUGGAGGCCUGGGAAGGAUAUAAUUAAGCAUGAAGUUGUUUUUAAUAAGGAAACACAUGCAAUUUGUUGCACAUGCAUGUACUUUAGUGAGACUGGUUUACUUUGUUCUCAUUCUCUUCGAGUAUAUCAUUUGCAUUGUGUGCGUAAUAUUCCACAAGAGUAUAUAAUGAAACGAUGGACAAAGGCUGCCAUGUGUAGUCAUGGUAUUGAAGAACCUAAUUUGAGGACAAAUGUUGUGGCUACUAGUGUUUGGAGGUCACAAACAAUCAGAAAGUUUGUUAAGUUGAUAACAAGUUGUCAGAAUUCUUUGAAUGCAAGGGCAGAGGUUGAGUGUGUAAUUGACUUUAGUGAACCUGUUAAAGAGGUUGAAAUUGUUGAUCUUGAGAUCAAGAAUCCUCCAAAAGCUAGGCCUAAAGGUGAGAGGAAUGUAAGGCCUAAGAGUACCUUGGAGAAGCAGUGUAACAAGGAACUUGAUGAGAAUGGUUGUGCUGUUACUUAUGCUAAUUCUAUUAGUGAUCCCAUUGAAUUGAUUGUUUUAAGCAAUAAACGGGCUCAGGUCGGCUUAAAAUCAGCUGUUGUAGAAGAAAUUCCUUCUAGUUCUAAGGAAUCAAAUCAUAGUAUUUCCAAUGAUUUUGAUCAGGCUACUGGUGAAAGCUCUCUUUCAUCUAUCAUAUCUAUUGAUGUUGAUAUUUCAUCUAUUGCUAAGGCGAAGGAUUUAAAUCUUGAAGGUGUUUCUGCUGUUCAAGCUCGUUCUAAUGUUGGUGCAAAUAAAGGUGCUUCUGGUGUUAAAACUUACUCUCAAAUUAAUCCAAGAGUUCCAAUUCAUACUAGUGCGUCAACAAAAUCUCCUAUUGUUAUUCAACCUACUGUUCCUAGGAAUGUUCAAAAUCAAACUCAGAAUUGUUCAAACACCAAUCCAGAAAUGAUCAUAUCCAACUCCAGGAAUGUUCAAUCAACAAAUGUUCAAGUUAUUUCUCCUACGGUUCAAAUAAAUGAUCAAGGAUUUCGUGUUCAGAAUGUUCAAGUUACUCCUCCCACAGUUCAAAGAAAUGAUCAAGGUGCUCGUGUUCCAAUUCUUCAAUCAAGAAAUGUUCAAUUAGGUUCUAAAAAGAUUUCUUCUAAGUAUGAUAGGUUGUUAGCCUUUUUUGAUACAAGUGUAGCUAAACGUUUGGCUAAUAAAGAUAAAUAAUUAGUAUUCCAGAACUUUAUAAA